AUGUCGUUACAGCAGGCCGCAGCCGCUGUGCUCCUCCUACUCGAAAUUAGCGUCGUUGGUACAUUGGGCAUUGCAGUGUAUCGGCUCUUCUUCCAUCCUCUCCGCAAGAUUCCUGGACCAAAGCAGUUUGCAGUUUCCGGAAUCCCGCUGAUCGUUGAGAACCAUCUGUUGGGUUAUUUCCCCAAGAAGGUCCUGAAGUACCAUGAAAAGUAUGGUGACAUGGUCCGUACUGGGCCCAACUCGAUAUCCAUCAGCGGAACCAUUGGAUGGCCUGAGGUCUUUGGACACAGUCGUGGCGGUCGACCCGAAUUCGGGAAAUGGAACGAUUUCUAUCAGCUUGGAGACAAGACAAAUGUUUCACUCUUCACGGCCAACAGAGAGGACCACCGACGUGAACGCCGUGUCGUGGCACAUGCAUUCUCGGAUACUGCAAUCAAGGGACAGGAAGCGCUGAUCAUGGAGUACGUCGACAAGCUCUUUGCUCAUUUACGGAAACACGCCGCGCAAGGUACACCAACCGACGUUGUCAAAUGGUACAACUUUACGACUUUCGACAUCAUUGGAGAUCUGGCCUUGGGGGAGUCGUUUCACUGCCUGGACCAGAGCGAUUACCAUCCGUGGGUCUCGAUGAUCUUCACUGGCAUCAGAGUUGGUUCUCAAAUGCAGGCAUUAAUGAAGAUGCCGUACCUGACUUGGAUCGUGAAGCUGCUAAUCUCCAAGGAGGACAUGCAGAAGCGAAUUGAUAACAGGAAGAUGAGCGACGAGAAGGUGGAGCGAAGACUAGCACUUGGUCCAGCACCCAACGGCCGUAACGACUUUAUGACGUACAUCCUUCGUCACAACGACGAGAAGGGCAUGAGCCAUGCAGAGAUCUUGGGAAACUCCGAAGGCUUCCUCGUGGCUGGCAGCGAGACGACAGCUACUACACUUUCGGGCCUCACCUACUACCUGUCGACAAACCCGGCGGCUUUUGAGAGGCUUCAACAAGAAGUCCGGACGGCCUUCCCUACUGAGAAGGAUAUAACGAUGCUCUCCACGGCGCAACUCAAAUACCUGCACGCAUGUAUUGAGGAGACUUUGCGAAUUUAUCCGGCCGCUGUCGAAACGCCUCCACGUGUAUCUCCCGGUGAAUACGUAAACGGCCAAUACAUUCCCAAAGGCACUCUCGUCACAAUCUUCCAGUGGGCCACCAACCACAACCCCGCCAACUUCGUCCAGCCCGACUCGUUCAUCCCGGAGCGCUGGCUCGGUCCUGACCAUCCCCACCACGACCCGCAGUUCAACGCGGACAAGAAAUCGGCGCUCCAGCCCUUCUCGUUUGGCCCACGCAACUGCAUCGGUAAGAACUUGGCCUACAAUGAGAUGAAGGUCAUUAUUGCUCGUCUUGUGUGGAACUUCGACCUUGUGUUGCAGCCCGAGAGCCACAGCUGGCCGGAUAACCAGAAGGCGUUCAUCGUUUGGGAGAAGGGGCCGUUGUGGGUUCAGCUGAAGCAGGUGGAGAGGAACUAG